CCAGCUGAUUGCAGGUUUCCUCUUGACGACCUCACAAAAAUAUCUUAUAUCUUCUCAUUCUUGACCACCGUCUCUUUGUUUUCUCCUGCUCAUUCGUAAACUCGGUCAUUUUUUCUUCCGCUUAUGUUUUAUUGAGCAUUAUUUUUUUCUCUUCCUUAUUUGACUCGUUUGGGACGUUUUUAAUUGCGGUGCUACCAAAUUUGUAUGAAUAAUGUUAACUUCAUUCGAACAACAAUAACAUUAACUGCAUUCAUAAGUGUAUCUUUUAAAAGGGUGUAAUGACAGUAAAUAAUAUGACGAAGGACUAUGAUUACUUACUAAAAGUAUUAUUAGUAGGAGAUAGCGAUGUUGGUAAACAUGAAAUUUUAUCUGGUCUGGAGGAUGCAUCGUCUGAAAGUCCAUUUUGCAGUGGCAAUGCAUAUAAAACAACAACUAUACUCUUGGAAGGAAAAAGGGUUAAACUACAGUUGUGGGAUACUUCGGGUCAAGGUCGUUUCUGUACGAUAAUACGUUCAUACUCAAGGGGAGCACAAGGCAUUAUAUUGGUUUAUGAUAUCACAAAUAAAUGGAGCUUCGAUGGAAUAGAUCGGUGGCUAAAGGAAGUAGAGGAGCAUGCUCCUGGUAUACCAAAAGUUCUUGUGGGCAAUAGACUCCAUUUGGCAUUCAAAAGGCAAGUUGCAGCAAAGCAAGCGGAACUAUAUGCUUCGCGAAAUAAUAUGUCAUGUUUCGAAAUAUCACCGCUAUGUGAUUUCAAUAUAAGGGAAUCAUUCUGCGAAUUGGCACGUCUGGCUUUGCAUAGAAAUGGAAUGGAAAGAAUAUGGCGUAAUAAUAAGGUUUUAUCACUUCAAGAAUUGUGUUGUCGAACUAUUGUGAGACGAACAAGUGUAUAUGCUAUUGAAUCAUUACCAUUGCCUUCAUCUGUAAAAUCGACCUUAAAAUCAUAUGCACUUACAACGUCUCAGUGUUUUAAUACGUUAAGUAGCACAUCAAAAAACAAAAAUAGAUGCAAGACGCCUUCCAGUAGCGGCCGCAACAGUUGCUGUAUUACGUGAUUAAUAAUAAAAGAAAUAAGAAAUAAUCUAAAUAUACAUUUUGGUCGUUAUAAAAUAUAUUUUGUUUUUAUAAAAACUAAAAAGAAACCACAUUAUUAUAUGAUGGGGUUUAUUUACAAAAGUAUUUAUUUUUAUUAUAUUUCAUAGCAUUAAAUACCAAACUACUAUAAAGUUGUUAAAACCAUAUUUUUGUUUAUUUUUUAUUAUUUCACAGAAUUAUAGAAAUCUUUAUAUAUAUUGGACUCUAAUUAAUGUUUAGCUUGUGGCAUAAUAAAUUUUGAAUACACAUUUGAAAUAUAAA